GCAGCACCCUCGCUGCUUGGGCGGACUCUGUGCCCGGUAGCAGGAGUGGGCAGCCCACCAGCCUCAGGGGUGCCCGGCGGAGAGGCCCCGCAGUCCCCAGGACAGGUUACCAAAUAUCCUAGCGCGGCCUCCUGUCGUCCAGCCUUGCCCCUUGGGCUCUUUGGGUUCCUGGCCUUCCCUGUCGCUUUCACCGGACUCCGUGCGGUCACCUGCCCCCCGUUUCUUGGGGCUGCUCAGUAUGGCUCAGGGAUGCGGGAAGCGUUCUCGCCUAGAUCUCCACCCCUCCAUGCACCCCCUGGAAAAGUGCGAGGUCCGGGCCCUGUAUCAGUCGGGCUCUUCCGGGAAGCGCGUCCAGACCCCUAGUAAGAGUUCUGGGAUCUUCUCCCAGUUUCUACCGGACUCUGGACGCUCUUGGCGGAACUAGGGGGUGGUAGGACAGCAUCCGAGUGUGCGGGAGUGGGUGUGUGGUCGGAGCCGACGUGCAUUUCCACACACGUGCUCACAACGCGAGGCUUUAGCUGCAGCCACAUGGCUGCUCAGGGACACCCAGACGCCCGGCCCUGGCGAAAGGUAUCUUGUGUCGUCGUUUAUGGAGCUCCAGGGUCUGCGACGGAGGGUGUUUUGUUUUGCAAGCGCGCAGCCCUGGCCUUGGUUUCGUGGCCAUAGUUUUGUUGCACUCCCCCCCUCCCUGCCCCGCACUUCCUUUGUACACAGUUAAUAAGGAUAUCGCUCCACACGCUAUCGCUUGCAAUCUGAUAGCUUUUGUUUUGGUAGCGUCGGGUAGGGGGCAGGGAAGUGCUGGGAGGGAGGGAGAACUUAGGGCCCCGCGGGUGUGUGGAGGGGUGAAAGGAGAGGGUUCUUUUCUUCUCAAAACAUUAAAAUGAGGCUUACUGGUACAUUCUCGAUGGCAGGGUAACUUGAACACGAUUAAAGUUUAAAUGCAGUCACAGAACUGGGGCUGGGAACGGCGAGGGCGUGUUGUCUGCGGGCCGGGCAUUGACAUCCGCAACGACUACCAGCAGCUGAAGCGCCUGGAGAACUGCACGGUGAUCGAGGGCUACCUCCACAUCCUGCUCAUCUCCAAGGCUGAGGACUACCGCAGCUACCGCUUUCCCAAGCUCACGGUCAUCACCGAGUACCUGCUGCUGUUCCGUGUGGCUGGCCUUGAGAGCCUUGGCGACCUCUUCCCCAAUCUCACGGUCAUCCGCGGCUGGAAGCUCUUCUACAACUACGCCCUGGUCAUCUUCGAGAUGACCAACCUCAAGGACAUCGGGCUCUACAACCUGAGGAAUAUUACCCGGGGGGCCAUCAGGAUCGAGAAGAAUGCCGACCUCUGCUACCUCUCUACGGUGGACUGGUCCCUGAUCCUGGAUGCCGUGUCCAAUAACUACAUCGUGGGCAACAAGCCCCCUAAGGAAUGCGGGGACUUGUGCCCAGGGACGCUGGAGGAGAAGCCGCUGUGUGAGAAGACGACCAUCAACAACGAGUACAACUAUCGCUGCUGGACCACGAACCGCUGCCAGAAAAUGUGCCCGAGCGUGUGCGGGAAGCGGGCGUGCACAGAGAACCACGAGUGCUGCCACCCCGAGUGCCUGGGCAGCUGCAGCGCACCCGACAACGACACAGCCUGUGUGGCCUGCCGCCACUACUACUACGCCGGAGUCUGCGUGCCCAGCUGCCCACCCAACACCUACCGCUUCGAGGGCUGGCGCUGCGUGGACCGCGACUUUUGCGCCAACAUCCCCAGUGCGGAGAGCAGUGACUCCGAGGGCUUUGUGAUCCAUGAUGGCGAGUGCAUGCAGGAGUGCCCUUCAGGCUUCAUCCGCAAUGGCAGCCAGAGCAUGUACUGUAUCCCUUGCGAAGGCCCUUGCCCCAAAGUCUGUGAGGAAGAGAAGAAGACAAAGACCAUUGAUUCUGUCACUUCUGCUCAGAUGCUCCAAGGAUGCACCAUCUUCAAGGGCAACCUGCUCAUUAACAUCCGACGCGGCAACAACAUUGCCUCGGAGCUAGAGAACUUCAUGGGGCUCAUCGAGGUGGUGACGGGCUACGUGAAGAUCCGCCACUCCCAUGCCUUGGUCUCCUUGUCCUUCCUGAAAAAUCUUCGCCAGAUCCUAGGGGAGGAGCAGCUGGAGGGGAAUUACUCCUUCUACGUCCUUGACAACCAGAACUUGCAGCAGCUGUGGGACUGGGACCAUCGCAACCUGACCAUCAAAGCUGGGAAAAUGUACUUUGCUUUCAAUCCCAAAUUGUGUGUCUCCGAGAUUUACCGCAUGGAGGAAGUGACAGGGACUAAAGGGCGCCAGAGCAAAGGGGACAUAAACACCAGGAACAAUGGAGAGAGAGCCUCCUGUGAAAGUGACGUCCUGCACUUCACCUCCACCACCACGUGGAAGAACCGCAUCAUCAUCACCUGGCACCGAUACCGGCCCCCUGACUACAGGGACCUCAUCAGCUUCACUGUCUACUACAAGGAAGCGCCCUUUAAAAACGUCACGGAGUAUGAUGGGCAGGAUGCCUGUGGCUCCAACAGCUGGAACAUGGUGGACGUGGACCUCCCUCCCAAUAAGGACGUCGAGCCUGGCAUUCUACUGCAUGGGCUGAAGCCCUGGACACAGUACGCUGUUUACGUCAAGGCCGUGACCCUCACCAUGGUGGAGAAUGACCACAUCCGUGGGGCCAAGAGUGAGAUCUUGUACAUUCGCACCAAUGCUUCAGUUCCUUCCAUUCCCCUGGAUGUCCUCUCAGCAUCAAACUCCUCUUCUCAGCUGAUAGUGAAGUGGAACCCGCCCUCCCUGCCCAAUGGCAACCUGAGCUACUACAUCGUGCGGUGGCAGCGCCAGCCUCAGGACAGCUAUCUCUACCGGCAUAAUUACUGCUCCAAAGCAGACAAAAUCCCCAUCAGGAAGUAUGCUGAUGGCACCAUUGAUGUCGAGGAGGCUACAGAGAACCCCAAGACUGAAGUGUGUGGCGGGGAGAAGGGACCAUGCUGUGCUUGCCCCAAAACAGAAGCUGAGAAGCAGGCAGAGAAGGAGGAGGCUGAGUACCGCAAGGUCUUCGAGAACUUCCUGCACAAUGCCAUCUUUGUGCCCAGACCUGAACGGAAGCGGAGGGAGGUCAUGCAGGUCGCCAACACCACCAUGUCCAGCCGGAGCAGAAACACCACAGUGGUGGACACCUACAAUGUCACGGACCCAGAGGAGCUUGAGACAGAGUACCCUUUUUUUGAGAGCAGAGUGGAUAACAAGGAGAGAACUGUCAUUUCCAACCUCCGGCCUUUUACUUUGUACCGAAUUGACAUCCACAGCUGUAACCAUGAGGCUGAGAAGCUGGGCUGCAGUGCCUCCAACUUUGUCUUUGCAAGAACCAUGCCUGCAGAAGGAGCAGAUGACAUUCCUGGGCCAGUGACCUGGGAGCCACGGCCUGAGAACUCCAUCUUUUUAAAGUGGCCAGAACCUGAGAAUCCUAAUGGAUUGAUUCUAAUGUAUGAAAUAAAAUACGGAUCACAAGUCGAGGAUCAGCGGGAAUGUGUGUCCAGACAGGAGUACAGGAAGUAUGGAGGGGCCAAGCUGAACAGGCUCAACCCGGGGAACUACACGGCCCGGAUUCAGGCCACCUCUCUCUCCGGGAAUGGGUCAUGGACGGAACCUGUGUUCUUCUACGUCCAGGCCAAAACGACAUAUGAAAACUUCAUCCAUCUGAUCAUCGCCCUACCAGUGGCCGUUCUGUUGAUAGUAGGAGGGUUGGUUAUAAUGUUGUACGUCUUCCACAGAAAGAGAAAUAACAGCAGGCUGGGGAAUGGAGUGCUGUAUGCUUCCGUGAACCCGGAGUACUUCAGCGCAGCUGAUGUGUACGUGCCCGACGAGUGGGAGGUCGCCCGGGAGAAGAUCACCAUGAGCCGGGAGCUGGGACAGGGCUCCUUCGGGAUGGUUUAUGAAGGCGUCGCCAAGGGUGUGGUCAAAGAUGAGCCUGAGACCAGGGUGGCCAUUAAGACAGUGAAUGAGGCCGCCAGCAUGCGUGAGAGGAUUGAGUUUCUCAACGAGGCCUCCGUGAUGAAGGAGUUCAACUGUCACCACGUGGUGCGGCUGCUGGGUGUGGUGUCCCAGGGCCAGCCAACGCUGGUCAUCAUGGAACUGAUGACCCGGGGGGACCUCAAAAGUUAUCUCCGGUCUCUGAGACCAGAAAUGGAGAAUAAUCCAGUCCUAGCACCUCCAAGCCUAAGCAAAAUGAUCCAGAUGGCUGGAGAGAUUGCAGAUGGCAUGGCAUACCUCAACGCCAAUAAGUUUGUCCACAGAGACCUCGCUGCCCGGAACUGUAUGGUGGCCGAAGACUUCACAGUCAAAAUCGGAGAUUUUGGGAUGACGAGAGACAUCUAUGAGACAGACUAUUACCGCAAGGGAGGGAAAGGGCUGCUGCCUGUGCGCUGGAUGUCCCCUGAGUCCCUCAAGGACGGAGUCUUCACCACGCACUCUGAUGUCUGGUCCUUCGGGGUCGUCCUCUGGGAGAUUGCCACGCUGGCCGAGCAGCCAUACCAGGGCUUGUCCAACGAGCAAGUCCUUCGCUUCGUCAUGGAGGGCGGCCUUCUGGACAAGCCGGACAACUGUCCCGACAUGCUGUUUGAGCUGAUGCGCAUGUGCUGGCAGUACAACCCCAAGAUGAGGCCUUCCUUCCUGGAGAUCAUCAGCAGCAUCAAGGAUGAGAUGGAGCCUGGCUUCCGGGAGGUCUCCUUCUACUACAGUGAGGAGAACAAGCCGCCUGAGCCGGAGGAGCUGGACCUGGAGCCGGAGAACAUGGAGAGCGUCCCCCUGGACCCCUCGGCCUCCUCGUCCUCCCUGCCGCUGCCCGACAGACACUCAGGACACAAGGCUGAGAACGGCCCAGGCCCUGGCGUGCUGGUGCUGCGAGCCAGCUUCGACGAGAGACAGCCUUACGCGCACAUGAACGGGGGCCGCAAGAACGAGCGGGCCCUGCCUCUGCCCCAGUCCUCGACCUGCUGAUCCUGGAUCCCGAUCCCGUGCAAACAGUACCGUGCGCACGCGGGCGGGCGGGGGGAGAGUUUUAACAAUCUAUUCACAGCCUCCUGUACCUCAGUGGAUCUCCAGAACUGCCAUUGCUGCCCACGGGAGACGGCUUCUCUGCAGUAAACACAUUUGGGAUGUUCCUUUUUUCAAUAUGCAAGCAGCUUUUUAUUUCCCAACCCAAACCCUUAACUGACACGGGCCUUUAAGAACCUUAAUGACAACACUUAAUAGCAACAGAACACUUGAGAAUCAAGCCUCCUCACCCCCUCCCUGUCCCUCUCUCCUCUUUCUCCCUCUGUCUCUCACCUUUUUCUUUCUGCUUCUCGAUGGAAACGCAUUUGCUGCAAGCCCAGCCGGGACGCCCUUCAUGUAGGAUUGAGGAAAGAGCUGUCCCUCCAAGGCCCCACCUUGCCCCAAACACACCAUAGGUCUUUGUAAAAAAACAUGUUGAGAUGAAAAUUUUUAACUGAAUCUUGAACCUUUAGGGACAUACGAAAUUUAAAAAGGGCCAUCAUUCAUCCCAGGUUGUCACCAUGUUAACGCUGCCAAAUUUCUGCCACAACCCCGCACUUUCUCCCUCACUGUCCCCUCACUGUCGUCUUGUCUCCAGAGACCCCGGGGCGAGCACGGUAGCUGGUCACUUGUAAGAGCCACGCUGAUGAUGCUCUCCGCCCGAUCGGCCCCAGGGUUCUUUUCAAGUCUCACAUUCACACAGGUGUAACUGCUUGUGACAAGGUUGUCACUUGGGGGAACUGGACAGAAUGAGACUGUGUCUCAGUGAAGAUGGGGAGAAGCGUCCCCGCCCCACCUUCCACACCCCCACCUUCUAACCCCCAGGAAUUCUGGAGCAAACAGGCCCUCUCAGGAGCCUGGAAGAUAGGCUUUGAGUAAAGGUCAUCCCCAUGCCAGUCUCCUGUUCCCCCCAACCCCAGCUCCUUCUCGGCCCCCAAGGACACAGACAGGAAGGGGUUUCCAGGGACUCAGCCCAACUGUUUAUGCAGGUUUGCAAGGAAAGAAAUUCAAACACCACAACAACAGUACGAAGAAAAACAGUAAAUGGAUUCAAGCAUUCUAAGCUUUGUUGACAUUUUCUCUGUUACUAGGACUUCUUCAUGGGUCUUACAGUUCUAUGUUAGACCAUGAAACAUUUGCAUACACAUCGUCUUUAAUGUCACUUUUAUAACUUUUUUACGGUUCAGAUAUUCAUCUAUACGUCUGUACAGAAAAAAAAAAAAGCUGCUAUUUUUUUUGUUCUUUAUCUUUGUGGAUUUAAUCUAUGAAAACCUUCAGGUCUACCCUUCUUCCCUCUCUGCUCACUCCAAGAAACUUCUUAAUGCUUUGUACUAGAGUGCGUGACUUUCUUCCUCUUUUCCCAGUAAUUGAUACUUAUAUAACAUAAUUUGCCAUGAACUGUUUGAUGCCUUUUUAUAAAUACAUCCCCCCUACCGACUCCACCUGCCCCAUUAGUUCUGUUCUACCCCAUAGGCUCUGUGGGCACGAGGCUGGCGAGGGGAGGCGGCGGAGAGAAGGUGGGCACUUGCCCGGAGAGGCUCCCCUCUCUCCCCAGCCUGCUCUCACACAGCAUUUGAGUCUGUUACAGUGCAAGACAUGAUACAAACUCAGGUCAGAAAAAAAGGUUAAAUAUUUCGCACAUCCUUGUUCAGUGUUCAUAUUCACCAUUGUUGAAAAGUCUCACCUUCUCUUUCCCUUGCCUUUGUUUUGGUUGUGACACACAUAUAUCUAUUUUUUUAAUUCUUGGGUACAACAGCAGUUUUAUCUGCAGACACUAGGCAUUUGGAUGAUUUUUUUUUUUAAUGGCUAUUUAAUCCUUCCAUCCCAUGGAAAACAGCUGCUGAGUCCAGGGGUGCAGUGGAGUGCGCUCCGGCGGCCCUCUGCGGGCUCCUGCCACCACCCUCCAGACUGACCUACCUGUCUUUAGAACCAGAGACUCCCUAGGGACCCCGGGCAGCGAUGGGAGUGGGGCAGAGGGGCAGCAUCCUCGGGGUGCCGGCCAGCCAGCUGCCAGGCUGGGACAGCACAGGCGCCCGGAGCCCUGGCGCGGGCGUGCUGUUCCUCUGCCAGGAAGCCAAGUCCUCAGGCUCGGGGGUCUUGUUUUGUUUAGUUUUUAGCACUUCUCACCAGAGUGAUGACAGCACAAGAGUUGCUUCUGGGAUGGAAAUGUUUAAAUUAUGAGUAAGAACAAGGCUACAAUACGAUGAUUGCUAGUUGUGACUGGAGAUUGAACACAAAAAAGAAAGUUUGUAGUGCUUUUUUGUGUCAGUAGUUUCAUAGUUUCAGUCCCACUGUUCUCUCUAGUCCCUGUCCCAUAGUUUUUCCCUUAAAAAAAAAAGAGAAAAAGAAAAAAUUAAGAAGGUAUUAUAUGUAGGAGUGUUCUUUUAAUUUAUUUUGUGAUACCAGUUUCAAUCACUGUAGAGAAGCCCCAUUAUGAAUUUAAAUACUGAGGAAAGGGUUUGUGUGUGUGUGCGCGUGUCAGACGGGACAGUUUUUUGUUUUUGUUUUUGUUUUUUUUUUUUCCCAGACAUUUAUCUACCUCACUCUUAUUUUUUAUAUGUGUAUAUAUAAAAAAGAAUACAUCUCACACUUCUCAGCACCUGACAAUAUGCCGUUGAUACUGGUAACCUCAUCCACACCGCAGGCCGCACACACCAGGUGACGGGGGGGAGAGGCCAGGCUGUAUUCCGGGGUCAAAGCAACACUAACUCACCUCUGCACUCAUUUCAUACAGCUCGCCUUCUUCUGCAACUUCUCAGUUUGCAUUGCUUCUGUUCUUCUCCUGACUUGGCUUCCCAGGAGGUGGUGAGGGCCGGUGCUGCCUGAGGGGCCCGGGCUGGUUGGUUUUGAAACCAACUGCUUUGUGCAGAUUGAGCCGCAUACAGAUUCCACGGGGGAAGAUCAGGUCUCCGGGACAGACAGUGCGGGUGAGGGGCAGGCAGUGCCUCGCUAGCAGGCCCUAAGGCCAUGGGUGGGUGCUGAGCCUCCUCCAGGCCUUCUGCUCCUGGUUGCUGACCCGAAGGCCAGUCCCAUGCAGAAUGUACAGACAAGAGUCCCCUUCUCCCUCUCCAAACUGUUCUCUCAACCUCACGCUCGCUUCCUCCCCCAGGGGAAAACGAAGACGUACCAAACCUUUGGGCUGGAAGGGGCCCCCGCCAGGGCGGGCUGUGCCUUGUCCCCUCAUCCCGCUGCUCAGGGGUGGACGGCACAUCCCCAUUCCAGCAGCUGCUCUCACAGGCACUGGCGUUUUAUCUGGGAAACACGGGGCGGGGGAGGUUCCCAAAGCGUGGCGGCUCUUUCACAGUCCCAGGACUGCAGUUCCGCCCAGGAGCUCUUCCCUCCUGCUAGGACAUCCCCUUCUCCUUUCCCAAGUCCCCUGGGAACUUAAGGUCAUUGAGAAAUAGUGUUUGAUCAGGGUUUUCCCGCUUCCACACUGUAGGUGACCCCUUGGAAUAGUGGCCUCUCCUCUCUUUUGCACAUACCUACCGGUUUCCACAACUGGAUUUCUACAGAUCAUUCAGCUGGUUUUUAGGGUUUUUAUUUAAACUGUCCGAGUUGUUGGUGUCACUUUGUUUUUGUUUUACGUAGGUGGUUUUCCUUUAGUAGAAAGAAAACACUAACAGUGUAGUGCCCAUCAUAACAAAUGCUUCAGAAACACUUAAAUAAAAACUUUUGCUUGUGUGAUGGUGCAGUCAUUUUACUGGACCAAAUCACCCACCUUGACUAUACCAAGGCAUCAUGUAUCCACAGUUCUAGCCUAAUUUUAUGCUGAUUUCCCCCACCUCUUCUCAGUUUCCUCCUUUGUAUGCUCCAAAUAACUUAAUCAAACUGAGUUGUGGCAUUCUCCAUGCAGCCUCCUUCUGACAGCAGCUCACUGCUUGAAGUGACGUGAACCACUGAGGCACAUCGUUGAAUUGAUGUGAGCAUUAAAACAUUACCACACACAGCCCUUCCCUGAGGCAGCGGGAGCUGGUGUAUUCUGGAGACGUUGUUGAACUUCAACUGGGUAACACCCAGACCACCCCAGGUCUCCAUUAUGGGAUGUCCUGACGUUUAACACAGGUGGAAUGAGCUUCCUCCUUGGAAGAUAGAAGACCAUGUUCAUGGCCGACACUGGCCUUUCCUUUCAGCCUCUUUCUUAUGACUUGGAACAACAUUUCAAUAGUGGUGGUUAUUGUGGAACUAGCCAACGGCAAAGUGCUUGGCAUGGCAUGGUGUGUUUCAGUUGGGAUAACAGAUCUAAGAGCCAAGUAAGAUGCCAAACUCUAGGCCAGUCUGUUCCACCGAGGCCUCUUUCUCAGCAGCCUACCUCUGCCGGCAGGUGGCUGCACUGAAUGAAGGCCACUGUUACGGCAAGGUCACACUAGCUCAGAUCAGUGAGAAGGCUAGGAUGCUUGGUCCAAGGUCCUCAGCUGUCACUGUUGGGUCCUCCGGCUAGACAGUGUCAAAGGAAGUUACUCCUUUCCAAAACACAGGCGCCCUCCAGUUGACAGUAAAGCUCCAUGGUAUGCCUUGACCCAUUCCAACAGUCCCAGUAGUGCAUUUAAGGUUUGGGGUUUGUUCUUUCGUUAAUGUUACUUUUGUGUUUGUCGGCUGUCUUUUCAUUUCCUGGGCUAAGCAGCAUUGGGAGAUAUGGACCAGAGAUCCACCCUUUAAGAACCAGUGAUGAAAAUCAAACUUUCUUACUCCACUCUGACAUAGUUGGUGGUACAAAGGAGAACUUCAAGAGAGGAUGUUGUUUAGCUUGAACCUCUGUUGCCAGAGAUGCUGAAGAUACAGACCUUGGACAGGCCAAAAGUUUUCGUUUUUGGCUCCCAGCUUAGAUGACUAGUUGGUCAUUUUGAGAAAAAGCAGAUGAACACUCCUUGAUGGUGGAAUGAUGAGGCAGCAGGAAACCACUGUAACAGGGAUCAUGAAUGACAUGGAGAGAGGAAUCACGAGCAGAAGGUGCAGGGCUUGGAAGAAGUGUGGGCUGUGUUUGGAACUUGAUGGUUUCUGAAGGGAUCAGACCACAUCAAGGCUCAAGAGUCAUCCAUGGGCAUUUGGUUUCAACAAAUAAACCUAACAUCCUACUUUCGAAACUGCUACUGCAGAGUUCAGUCAAAUUGUUCAAGAAUACAAACUGCAUCGCACCCGUCAGUUGUCAGUUCUGGGGCAUGACUUUAGGGUUUUGUUUUAUUUUGUUUAUGCAAGAACAUAAUGAUCACUCAUCUGUAUGUCCACGUUUGUGUGUGUCCACAUCUUCCUGGUAAACAUCGUUUUAAUUAGUCACUCAUUAGCGUUUUCAAUAGGGCUCUUAAGUCCAGUAGAUUACGGGUAGUCAGUUGACGAAGAUCUGGUUUACAAGAACUAAUUAAAUGUUUCAUUGCAUUUUUGUAAGAACAUAGAAUAAUUUUAUAAAAUGUUUGUAGUUUAUAAUUGCCGAAAAUAAUUUAAAGACACCUUUUUUCUCUGUGUGUGCAAAUGUGUGUUUGUGAUCCAUUUUUUUAGGACACCUGUUUACUAGCUAGCUUUACAAUAUGCCAAAAACAGAUUUUUCCCUGACCCAAGCCGUGGUUCACCCUCUUUUCCCCCCAUGCUUUGUGCCCUAGUUUAUAACAAAGGAAUGAUGAUGAUUUAAGAAGUAGUUCUGUAUCUUCAGUAUCUUGGUCUUCCAGAACCCUCUGGUUGGGAAGGGGAUCAUCUUUUACUGGUCAUUUCCCUUUGGAGUGUAGCUACUUUAACAGACCGAACGAACCUCAUUGGCCAAGGAAACAGCAGAGGUGUUACAGCCUGGCGGUGCCUGUGGCACCAUAAGCAUCUGGUUUGGCAGGUUUGGUAGUUGUCCUCUUAUGCAGUGCCUCGAGAUGGAAGGACUCCAUUGCACAUCUAGUGGCUUUCACCGUGACACAGCACACAGACUUAUCAUACAAAAGCUGAUAAUUCUGGUGCCCGAAAGCCACUGGCUUACAUGCCUCAUAUCAUGACUAAUGCUUUGUUAUUACAUGUAAGAGAUUCUAUUUAUUUUUAUUUAAGGCAGAACACCGAAGAUAGUUCUUUUUCAAUAUAGUACAAAUUUGUUGUAAUAAAAACCAUGCACAUGCAAGAUUUUUUUAAGUUUGACACCAUUCCCUCUGGUUCCCAAUGGACUAUUUGCCAUGUCUACACAACUCCACAAAAUCCCCAUCGUUGGAAACAUCUGGAUGUUUUGCACUACAUGGGAGAAAGGUCCAGAAACAAUUUGGGUUUUGUUUGUAACUUUCCAUUUGGAUGUCUGGCGUUGCAUAGACACCAUCCACAGGUGGAACAGAUGCUUGGCAAAAACACCUGUCUGCUUUCUAAGCCAGUGAGGUUGAGGUGAGAGGUUUGCCAGAGUUUGUCUACCUCUGGGACAGAAAAAAAAAAAAAAAAAAAAAAAAAAAAAAAAAAAAAAAAAAAAAUUCAAACCAGAAGGCGCGAUGGAAUGGAUGCAUCGCAAAUAAUGCAUUUUCUGAGUUUUCUUGUUUUAAAAAAAAGUUUUUAAAAAAAAAAACUAAAAAAAAAAAAAA